UUGGGUACUGGGUAGUGCAUCUGAUUCAGCCUAUAAAUAACACCAUGCUCCUUUGCUUUCGUUCACUCCCGCUACAUUUCUCUCAUUCAAAUAAUAAUCCUACAGAAAUAUCUUCUCCCUCUUCUUCGCUGUUACUCUCGAAUUUCAACUAACUGCAGAAACAAUGGUGGUUGCACAGAAAGUGAAGGAAGCUGAAAUCACCGAGCAGGAUUCGCUGCUUCUGACGAGGAACCUGCUCCGAAUUGCGAUAUUUAACAUUAGUUAUAUCAGAGGCCUGUUUCCUGAGAAGUACUUCAAUGAUAAGUCUGUUCCAGCUUUAGAGAUGAAGAUCAAGAAGCUUAUGCCACUGGAUGCAGAGUCUCGCAGACUGAUCGAUUGGAUGGAGAAAGGUGUAUACGAUGCCUUACAGAAGAAAUACCUGAAGACGCUUCUGUUCUGUGUGUGUGAAGCAGUAGAUGGACCGAUGAUUGAGGAAUAUGCAUUCUUUUUUAUUUACCAAUCCGAUUCGGAAAAGCAAGAGGUUUCCAUGAAUAUCAACCGCACUGGAAACAAGAAGCAGGGUGGGACCUUCAAGUGCAACUCCACGACAGAGAUAACUCCCCAACAGAUGAGGAGUUCUGCAUGUAAAAUGAUUAGAACGCUAGUUCAGUUGAUGAGAACUCUGGAGAAGAUGCCAGAUGAGCGCACCAUUCUAAUGAAGCUACUCUAUUAUGAUGAUGUGACGCCUGCUGAUUAUGAGCCUCCUUUCUUCAGAGGCUGCUCAGAAGUAGAAGCUUACCAUCCCUGGGUGAAAAACCCACUGAAAAUGGAAGUUGGUAAUGUAAACAGCAAGCAUUUUGUACUAGCUCUGAAGGUGAGGAGUGUGCUCGACCCUUGUGAAGAUGAUAAUGAGGGCAUCCAAGAUGAUAUGAUCACCGGUGAAGAUUCGAAGCAAAAUAAUGAAUAUUAUGAUACGGACAGUGAGGUUGAUUACGCUGAAGGGGAUCGAUAUGUAGUUGCUCCAAUAGAGAAGCAGCAAGAAAAGGAAGAUAAUUCUAUGGUUGAUGAAGACAAUACCCAAGAUCCUAUGGAAGAUGAGCAACAGCUGACCCGGGUCAAGGAGUGGAUCAACUGUUGGCACCUUGGCACUAUUGACCUUAAUGACGUUUUAUCAAAUUUUCCAGACAUCUCAAUGGUUCUAAUUGAAGAGAUCAUGGAUAAGCUUGUUCAGAAUGGGGUGCUUUCAAAAACAGGAAAUGACACCUACGCCAUUAACAAAGACAAGAAAUCAGAAUAUGAGUUCAUUGUCAAAGAAGAAAUUGAUGGCCAGAUUCCUCAGGGUGACAGAGCUUUGCAGGAUGAAGAUCACAUGUACAUGAGAGCUCUUUAUCAUGCUCUUCCAAUGACAUACGUGUCAGCACCAAAGCUUCAAACAUUUCUCAAUGGUGAAAUAAACCAGACAGGAGCACGGAAGAUUAUUGAUAAAAUGACCCGGGACGGUUUUCUUGAACCCAAAGGCAACAAGAGAUUAGGAAAACGUGUGAUACAUUCUGAGUUGACUGAGAGGAAGUUCAUUGAAGUCCAGAAAGUUCUAGGUGCUACCGACCCAAUGGAUGUUAAUAACGGUGAACCAAAUAGCAAGUUCAAACCAGCUGGAAUUCUAACCAAUGGGAACAACUACGAUGUGUCUACAUGUGGUGUUCUGCACUCCAUUGGAUCAGAUUUAACAAGAAUGAAAGUGACAUCCGAUACAAAUGGCAAUGACUCAGUGAGGAGUGGACACAAUAUCUUAAAGGCCAAAGAGCCUGGAAGCACACCCACAAGCAGGGUUGAGCCAGUUGCUUCAAGAGAGAGUUUUGCGGCAGGCAAAGAGAACAGCAGAGCAAAUGGAAACGACGAAGGUGAUACAAAUAUCUGCAGUAAGCCCUCCCAGGAAAAGCGACCCAGGAAAUCAAGCGCGGUCAAGGAGCCUAUCUAUCAAAACAUGAAGCGUCUUAGAUCUCAGGCCAUUUGAACCUUUGAAUUUGGGAUCUGUGUGUCAAAUUCUGACAUCUACACAUAGCAUACAAAGUAAACAUUUGACAAAAGGCAGUAGUGACACUUAAGACGAUGCACUAGGUAGAAUCUGUUAUUUGUAUUUGGGCUAAGUAUUACAUUUGCGAACUUCUUUUAAUUUGGUCAAGUUUAUAUUUCCUA